UAAAGGCUUGGAGACAGUGCCAUCUGAUGCACAAGCACACACGCAUUCUCUCCCUCUCUCUCUCUCUCUUCCUUCUAAUGGUGAGGAAUAGAGUAACAGGGGCAGUGAAAAGUGUGUCAGACUCUUGACUUCUAGUGCAUCUCUGUUUACAUGUGUGCAUUUGCCUGGUAGUUGUUUUUUGUUUUGGUUUUGCUUUUUUUUCCCCCACUGAAAUGUAAAUGGGAAUCAGUUUCACGUCACCCUCCUGGACACUGAAAGCAUCUGUUUUUUUCCCUCUUUAGGACACCAGCCAUAAAAGUUUCCAGGACCUUUAAAUGCUGACAAAAGCUUUUCUUUUCAAGGAUGGUUUAGGAAGAUAACACUGGCAGGACUGUAGCAAGGAUUAUCUGCAGCAAAGAAGCCACUGUCUGGAACACUUAUCUUCAUUUUUCUUCUCAUGGUUCGAGCUUUGGUUUUUCUUUGUUGCUGACUGACUGCUUGUUGCUGAGCAUCCGACCAGGACCAUGGCUUACAGUGUGUGGAAGAGCUGGAGGAUGGUGGUAUUGCUGUAUUUUUUGCUGGUGUGCAUUUCGGAUGGGAAUGCCGGGUUAUCUCCAGAGAAAGGAGCAGCAGCACCUUCCUGCUAUGGAGGGUUUGACCUCUACUUUGUACUGGACAAGUCUGGAAGCGUACAGCAUCACUGGAACGAGAUCUAUAGCUUUGUGGAGCAUCUGGCUCAUAAGUUCAUAAGUCCACAGCUACGAAUGUCCUUCAUCGUGUUUUCCACUGAGGGUAGGAUUCUCAUGCGGCUAACUGAGGACAGGGAAAAAAUUCGCAAAGGUCUGGAGGAGCUCCAGAGAGUUCUGCCAGGAGGAGACACAUUCAUGCAUGAGGGCAUUCAAAGGGCAAGCGAACAGAUUUACUAUGGGAACUCUGAGGGGUACCGCACAGCUAGUGUCAUCAUCGCACUAACAGACGGAGAACUGCAUGAAGAUCUCUUCUACUAUGCUGAGAGAGAGGCCAAUCGUUCCCGCAGCCUGGGGGCCUCCGUCUACUGUGUAGGGGUGAAGGACUUCAAUGAGACCCAGCUUGCCAAGAUUGCAGACAGCAAAGAUCAUGUCUUCCCAGUGAAUGGUGGCUUUGAGGCUUUGCAAAGCGUCAUUGAUUCGAUCCUAAGGAGAUCUUGCAUAGAGAUUCUUGCAGCGGAACCUUCCAGUAUCUGUGCCGGAGAGUCUUUCCAAGUUGUCGUGAGAGGGAAUGGGUUCCUCCAUGCCAGGAAUGUGGAUAAGGUCCUGUGUAGCUUCAGAAUUAAUGACACUCUCACCAGGAUGGUGAAGCCAUUGGUAGUGGAGGACACAUACCUGCUAUGUCCUGCACCAGUACUUCGAGAAGAGGGAACGGCGGCUUCCCUUUACGUGAGCAUGAAUGAAGGCCUUAGCUUCAUCUCCAGCUCUGUGACCAUCACCACUGUGGGCUGUUCUGAUGGUACAAUCCUGGCCAUAGCUCUGCUCAUUCUGAUGCUCCUGUUGAUGUUGGCCCUUCUGUGGUGGUUCUGGCCUUUGUGCUGCACAGUGAUCAUCCAUGAGCCCCCGCCACCGCCAGUAGAGGAAAGUUCGGAUGAGGAGGAGGAUGGAGUUCCAAAGAAGAAGUGGCCUACAGUAGAUGCUUCCUACUAUGGAGGGCGAGGUGUUGGUGGCAUUAAAAGGAUGGAGGUACGCUGGGGAGAGAAAGGAUCGACUGAAGAGGGUGCUAAGCUGGAGAAGGCGAAGAACGCCAGAGUAAAGAUGCCAGAACAAGAGUUUGAAGCGCUACCAGCCCGGAUCCUCAACAAUGGCAUGCGGAAACCCCCAGGUCCUCGCAAGUGGUACUCACCAAUUAAGGGUAAGCUGGACGCGCUGUGGGUGCUGCUAAAGAAGGGCUAUGACCGAGUGUCCAUCAUGAGGCCUCAACCAGGAGACAAGGGUCGCUGUAUGAACUUCACCCGCAUCAAGUCCAACACCCCACCCCGUUACCCUGCCUACAGUCACUCCACCCCCAUCUACAAGCCCCAGCAAGGCUGCAGCCCCCCACCACCCCAGAGCCAGCUACCCCCUCCCCCCUGCCCUCCUCCAUCCACUCCUCCUCCUCUUUCCAUCACUCCAUCCCCACCCAUCACUCCUCCUCCCUCAUAUUCACCACCGCCAGCCUGGUCUCCACCCUCCUCGCCUCUUUUCUUCGCCCCGACCACACCCACAGGCUCUCUGCCUCCUCCCCCUCAGGCUCCACCCCCCGGGAGAGCUCCGCCACCUGAGCGCCCACCGCCACGCCCCUCUCUUUAGGGCUGAGGCUCUGACUGGAUGGAGAGGAACAGGAAGUAAAAACUUGACGGCAGGACGUCACCAGAAGACUCGAGAAGUAAAAAUCUGAGGGCAGGAAGUGCAAAAGACUCAAUUUUCCCAUAUCCUCCUUCUCUUGUUUGCAAAACCACAACACGGUUGUGGCCUUUGACAGUUAAAAACUUAAUUGCAUGGACCCACCGGAGGAAACGAAGCGCCCGCUCUCUUGAAAAAUGCUAGGAAAUGGAAUACAACUCACUUUUAAGCCAUAAAACUACCGGGACUAGAGGAAGCAAUAUUCCAGACGACACUGAACAAACCAGUCAAGACUUCAAAGCUUAACAGCAGACUCUCACAAAAAGACCACCACUGCUCACCCCCAGUGACAAAAUGGACAUUCACUUCACACAAUUUGCUUGUUAAUGAACUCCUGAGAACAUAGAGAAUGGUAAUAGCGGGGAAAAGCACUGACCCAUGCCAAAAUUAAUGGAUGCAUAUAUUGCUGUUUCCCAAAGGCAAAAUUCAUGGAGCUACAGAAUUUUACCAAAAAGCCCACAAAGCGACCACAAUGCACGAAUGAUUUGAGAUAUGUAUUCAGUGGGAAAAGUUGCAAUAUACAUACAUUUUCUUUUGAAUUUACCAAGACAUCCACCAACCUGCUUGUGUAGGAAGUUUGUAGAUAAAUCAUUACAGGCCUAUGCUAACGUGCAAUGACACUAGUGUACUUGACAAUGUCAAAGCAUGGUACUUUGACAUUUCUUUGGUCUAGGCUAGUUUUUUUAUUUUUAUCAUAAAUGUACUUUAAACUACAGACCAAAGAGCAAAAACUAGAGCAAUCUUAAUCUUACCAAAGGAAACAUUCACUCUUAUGUUAGUCAUUCGCUUGUGCAAUAGUGCUUUCAGUAAAAGGUCUAGGUGGAACAUUCUGGAGUGGGGGGUGGAGCUCUGAAGAAACAAUAUCUCCUGAAGAAAUGAGAGACAUGCUAGUUGAGAUAUGGAGAGCAGGAUAAACCUAGAAAGGUGUCUGUGCACGGGUCUUUUGGGCUAUCAAUGCAAAAAAUAAGUGGAUGUAAUCUAUUCAACACCUUACUUUGCACAAUACAUAUCUGUAAAGGUGUACAAGAGCACAAUUACCUGAGCUAUUUUCCACAUACUUUUAUACAUGCAUUAUGUAUAAAUAUAUGUAUCCCUUCGCCUUUUCCUUUUUGAUUUGAUAUCAGAUAAGAGGUAUUCUCGUUUUUGUUUACUUAACUGUCAGAUAGAGGCUUAUGAUUGCAUUGGCUGGAGCAUGGUAAGUUUCUAAAGGAAGUGUUUUGCACACCUGGGAAGUUCAGUAGUUAACAUUGAAACUGAGAAUUCUGAUUAUUUUCAUUAAUCUCACGUCUGCCACAUUACAUCUUCGGAACACUGACCUAGAAUAACCACAAGAGACCAUUACGAGUAGCUUUGUUCAUUGGAAACCUUUGCUAGCUUGCCAACGAAAACGUGUUCUGGUCAAGGACUAAUAUGCCACAAGUGUUUGUUUGAAUAUGUUUGUUUUCCUCUGUACCUGUUGUAUAUACAUCAUGUCACACUUUUACAUAAUGCGUAAUCCUUUUUUGUUUGUGUUUUUUUUUUGCCGUUUUCAGCAUAAGUUAUUACAGUAACACUCAUGCCAAAACCGUCUUUGAAUGACACUCAUGGCCUGUUUUCAUGAUAGUUCAGUGGUCUUCCAUGCUGGGUGACUGUAAGGAAUCCAAAGCAAAUCAAGACAGCAGGCAUUUUUUUGUACUUGGCAUUCUCCUUGUGUUUUGCAUCACUCACUAAAAUAGUGACAAAUAAGAGUUGUGUGUUUUUUUCUUUGACGGAGUGCUGGGGUAAAGAAUGUCAGACAGACUAAAAGAAUGUCAGACAGACUAAAAGGAGAACGCAGUUUGAAAAUGGGAAUAAACUUUGACUACUCACGAGUUUCAGAAAAAUCUUUGCAGGGACUGAAAAUGUAUUAACUAGUAAAUUCGAACACGUGUAAAUUUGUGUGCAUAUCACUAUGGAUGUAUCUGUGGACACUUAUCAAUCGACCUGAUAAACUGGCCACUUAUUUUCUGUUAACACGAUAAAAUCUUUUUCUCUACUCUCAUGACACUUUCAAUUUUUAAUGCAUCACUAUGUCUUCUCUCCAAACUUAGUCCUGGCCAGACCAUCUCCUUGUACAUAAAGGCCCGUCCACACCUGGCAUCAUCUCACGUCUUGGGUAAUCCAAUCAGCGGACAGCACUAGGUAUAGGUGUGAAUGGGGUCAAAUGUGUCUUGGAGAUGCACUGCGACCCAACCACUCAAACCACCCUCAGAAGAGGUCAGGGACAUAUACAGCCACAAAGGACUGCCUAAUUAACUGCGUCAUCAUAGCAAGAGA